GCUCUCGGAGAUCUCUUGCGUUGCUCACCAAUAACUUCCCCCGCACGCCUCCCCGACCUCUUUAGCCUUUUGCUAACAAACACUGAUGAGUCUCUCGCUUCCGACGAAACGAAAUAUGUGCAUGCGCCACCAAAUUCUCCCACCAUGAAUGCGAACCCUACAAAUCCCCCAAUCCUCUUAUUGGCGCUGAUCCUUCUCCACUCCGCUGUCGUGCUCCGCUCAUCGCCAUCGUCCACCGUCGCUGCGACAUCGGACGGCGGAGGAGGCCGCAGGGUCCUGCACGAGCCCCUGUUCCCCAUCCAGUGGACCCCGCCGCCUCCGCCGGACUUCACCGCCGCCGCCGCCCCCCCCGACGGCGACUUCUUUCCCCAGUCGCCGCCCCCGCCGCCGCCGUCCACCACCACAGCUGCCGCCGACUCGUCCACCGCCGAUGUCCCCCGCGCCGCCUCGGAGCGCCGCCGCCACCGCGCCGUUGCCGUCGCCGCGGCCGUCGCCUCCUCCGCCGCGGACUGCUUCGAGGGGCGCACGGGCGCCGCCUCCUCGCUGCCGAGAUGGAGGGCAUGGGCCGCGCAGUCGCCGCCCCCGCCGCCGCCGUCCACCACCACAGCUGCCGCCGACUCGUCCACCGCCGAUGUCCCCCGCGCCGCCUCGGAGCGCCGCCGCCACCGCGCCGUUGCCGUCGCCGCGGCCGUCGCCUCCUCCGCCGCGGUCGCCGCGGCGGCGCUGCUCGCCGUCUCCUGCUUCGUGCUCUACCGUCGCCGGAGGAGCCGGAGACCCCCGGACGCCGCGAAGCUCAUCGGCGGCGUCGGCGACGGCGGGGCGCGUCGGACCGCCCGCGGCGGCGGCGGCGCCGAGAUGCUCUACCUCGGGACGGUGGAGUCCCCCGGCGGGAGGAGGUCGGAGAGCGCCGAGUCGAUCGAUUCGCCGUAUCGGAAGCUCGGGACGGAGCGGGUCCUCGAGGUGCACCACCCGAGCCCGGAUCUGCGGCCGCUCNUCGCAACGAUGCCCUCCUCCUCCGACGCCGCCGCCGCCGCCGCCGGAGAAGAUGGCCGGAAGGGCCGAUCAAAAGAAGCCGCCGUGGCGAAGGCGGUGGGCUUCUUCGUCUUCUCCGGUAUCGCACUCAGCGUCGUCAAAGGUCUCAUCCCCCACCACUCGCAUCCUCGACCUCCUCCUCCUCCUCCUCCUCCUCCUCCUCCCCCACCACCGCCGCCGCCGCCUCCCAGGAUGCACAACAUUGCCAAAACGCCACCGCCGCCGCCGCCGCCGCCGCCGCCUUCGGAUGCGGCGGCGGUGGCGCGCAAGGAGCCGCGGCCUCUAGAAGCUCCCGAUUCGCCAUCACCGGUUGCGCCCUCGUCGCGGCGGCGAUUGCUGAAGCCGCUUCCGAUGGAGGUAUCUCGGAUUAAUGCGUUGGGCUCUUCUUCUUCCUCCUCUAACCCUAGCAAUGAGAACGGGGGCUCUUCUUCGCACGCGCUCGACGGAAAUGGCGACAAUUCACUGGAGGGUGAAUCGAAGCCGAGGCUGAAGCCUCUCCACUGGGACAAAGUCCGAGCAACUUCCGAUCGAACAAUGGUGUGGGACCAAUUGAAAUCCAGUUCAUUCCAGUUGAACGAGGAUAUGAUCGAGACGUUAUUUGUCAACAACGCAGCCCCUAGUGGCAGAGAAGCGAGCAGGAGAACUGUUCUUCCGCCAUUCAAGCAGGAGAACAGAGUGCUGGACCCCAAAAAGUCGCAGAACAUAGCGAUUCUAUUGAGAGCUUUGAAUGUGACACGCGAGGAGGUUUCUGAAGCACUUCUAGAUGGCAAUCCUGAAUAUCUAGGGACCGACCUUCUGGAAACUUUAGUCAAGAUGGCUCCCACAAAAGAGGAAGAACUAAAACUUCGAGAUUUUAAUGGUGAUUUAUCAAAGCUCGGGUCUGCAGAGCGCUUUCUGAAAACUGUGUUGGAUAUACCUUUUGCUUUCAAGAGAGUUGAUGCUAUGUUAUACAGAGCCAACUUUGAGACGGAAGUUAAUUAUCUGAGAAAAUCCUUUGAAACUCUAGAGGCUGCUUGUGAUGAUCUAAGAAGCAGUAGACUCUUCCUAAAGCUCUUAGAAGCAGUUCUGAGGACUGGAAACCGGAUGAACGUAGGAACCAACCGAGGUGAGGCGAAGGCCUUCAAGCUCGACACUCUCCUGAAGCUUGCGGAUGUCAAAGGGACCGACGGGAAAACGACCCUACUCCACUUCGUCGUCCAAGAAAUCAUCCGAUCAGAGGGCCUAUCCUGCGAUCAAACAUUCGAAAACUCUUCAAACAACACCGUGAGGGAAGAGCAGUUCAGAAAACAAGGCUUAAAGGUAAUAGCUGGACUAAGCAACGAACUAGGCAAUGUGAAAAAAGCAGCCGCCAUGGACUCCGACGUACUCAGCAGUUACGUCUCAAAGCUGGAAGUCGGGCUCGAGAAAAUAAAAUCAGUAUUGCAGCUUGAAAAUUCAUGCACGCAAGGGAAGAAAUUCUUUGAAAGAAUGAAGGCUUUUCUAAAUGAUGCGGAGAGGGAGAUAGUGAGAGUGAGAGGAGAGGAGAAGAGGGCGUUGAACGUAGUCAAAGAGACGACGGGGUACUUCCACGGAGACACCGCAAAGGAGGAGGCGCACCCUUUGAGGAUAUUCGUGGUGGUGAGGGACUUUCUAUCGGUGUUGGAUCAUGUGUGCAAGGAUGUCGGCCGAAUGCAGGAGAGGACAUUUGUAGGUUCAGCUAGUUCUUUUCGCAUCCCCGCGAGCGCGUCUUUGCCGGUUCUUCAUAGGUAUGGACAAAGAAGGGAUAGUAGUAAUUCGGAUGAGGAUAGCUCGUGACCGUAGAAAGAAAUGAAGAAAUUGUUCAAAUAACUCCGUGGUGAUUUGCGAAGAUCAAAAGAUAAGAGUUAAAAAAACACAUUGGUUUAAGUUAUGGCUGGUUCAUAUUUUGUACAGAGAAUAAGUGAUAUAUACAUCUACUAAAUAUAUUCUUGGGACAAGAGGAGGCAUAAUUUCAGAUGAUAAUUGAGGUAUAGAAAUGGGGAAUCUGAUUUAUGAGAGAUUAGGUUGUGAUAGGAUUAUUUAUUUUGGUCGUAUUUAUAUUACUUUUAUUACCUGAUGUAAUUUUAUACCUGCACUUGAUAUAUUCUAAAGCUAUUCAGAAGACGGCGAAGAAAACUUUCCAAGAGUUUUGAAUUCAAGAGUUCAAAUUUCAUA